UCCGCUUCCUCCCUGGCGGGACUGGGACUGGGACUAGCCCUGGAGUCCUGCCCCGGGGUGUCCCCGGCUGCCCCCGCCAUGCACGGCGCACUCGCCAUCCCCAACGAGGUCUGUAGCCUCCUCGCAGAUGUUGACACAUUUAUUUCCCAAACGCUAAAAGGAGAAAAUUUAUCUAAGAAAGCAAAAGAGAAAAGGGAAGUUCUUCUUAAGAAGAUAAAAGAUGUUAAGGCAAGAUAUCCUCAAGAAUUCCAGGAUAAAGAACUGGAAGAUGAAGAACAGUCUGAGGUCUCUUUUACUUCGCCUUCUGAUAGUCUUUCAAUAGCAUCUGACCGAUACGAUAAAGAGGACGAAGCACCUUCUGAUGGGCAUCAGUUUCCUCUUAUUGCAGCUCAGGAUCUUCAGUUUGUUCUGAAGGCUGGAUACCUGGAAAAACGCAGAAAGGACCACAGUUUUCUUGGCUUUGAAUGGCAGAAGCGUUGGUGUGCUAUCAGUAAGACAGUCUUCUAUUACUAUGGAAGCGAUAAAGACAAACAACAGAAAGGUGAAUUUGCCUUAGAGGGCUACACCAUCAGAAUGAAUAAUAGCCUUCGGAAGGAUGCAAAGAAAGAUUGCUGUUUUGAAAUCUCCGCUCCUGAUAAGCGCAUUUAUCAGUUUACAGCUGCCACUCCCAAAGAAGCAGAGGAAUGGGUACAGCAAGUCAAAUUUGUCAUCCAAGAUUCAGAAUCUAAUACUAUUCCCGAGGAGGAAGAAGAGGAUUAUGAUGAUGUUUGCCACGUGAGCAGUGAAUCAAUAGAUGAUAGCAUUUACGAAGAAGUUAAAGAAGAACAUAUUCCUUCAAAGGCUGAAGUGCCAAGAAAACUGAUCCAGGAGAAAGUUACCACUGUUUCAGAUAACAAAAAUACCGAUUAUGCCAAUUUCUAUCAAGGUCUGUGGGACUGCACAGGAGAUGUACCUGAUGAGUUGACAUUUAAACGUGGGGACGUUAUCUACAUUCUCAGCAAGGAGUACAAUAGAUUUGGCUGGUGGGUAGGAGAAAUGAAGGGAACCAUUGGCUUGGUGCCUAAAGCCUACAUAAUGGAGAUGUAUGAUAUUUGAGAGGCCUGGGAGAAAUCUGCACUUGGGAGUCGUGUGCAGCUGCAGUUUACAGACCCAGCCUCCAAAAGAAGAAGAUUCUGCCGUACACGUUCUGUGGUUUCAGUGAAUGUAGUCAGAUCGUUGCCUUGUGUAUUUUAAGCAUUAAAAACUGUAAUUGAUGAUAA